GUACCACAUGACACUUAGCGGUGAAAAAAUAACAAUACCGCCAUUGUUGUUUAUAAAAAGUGACCAAUGAAAUAAUAGCAUUCCCGUAUCGCCCUUGUCGAACGUUGGUGAGCGUCGUUAACAGACGUCUUUAUAAUUUCAUAUUUAAUAAAUACGACCAUUUUGAUUAAAGUACAACAUGGGUCUUAAUAAUUUCAGUGAUUAUGGGAGUGGUUCUUCUUCGGAAUCAUUCACGCCCUGGGGGAGCCAAGACAUAUGGUCUGAGUUUCAGUCUGUGUUACAAGAACCAGAUUAUACAAGACGGCCGAGAUCGUCGAGCUUCACAGAUAUGUUGUCACCAGGCUUUUCUAUUGAUGCCAUAAUGCAAGAAUUCCGGCAAAACGGUUCCGAUUCGCCCUACGACCCUGACGAUGAAACAUUGAUCAAUAUAAAUAGCAGAGCGCUUUGUGGUAUGGGUCCAUCAAACGCAUACCUUCGUCAGAAGUCGUGGCCAGCUCCUGACGCAUCGCCGUCUCUGUGUCUGCAGCAACCAGCGGAGAUCAAACGAAGCGCUGCUGAAAUGAUGUUAUCCAUCACUCCUGCUGAAGCACCAGAACCGAUACCAAUAUUUGAGUCGGAUGUGAUCAGCGAGCAACAGCUGCGAGUGCUGAGUUCACUUCCCAACUCCGUGUUAUACUCGUUGUUGAAAGAACUUGAACAUACGGUUCGCAUGCUAAAUGCAAGGCCUAAAAAGCUGGUUGAGGAUAUGGAGUGCCGUUUCUGCAAGAACAACGGCGAGCGCGAGUCGUACUACCGCUCGCACCGACUGCGCGUGCGCGGGCGCGUGGCGUGCCCCGUGCUGCGCGCCUACCGCUGUCGGCGCUGCGGCGCGCGCGGCGACCACGCGCACACGCUCAAGUACUGCCCGCUCGCCACCGCCGACGAACGAAUGAAGUCAACCGCCAUGAUGCGCAGCGUGCGGCUCGCGUCGGGCCGGCGCCGCCCCGCGCCCGCGCCGCCCGCCGCGCCGCGCGCCGACCGCGCCGCGCCGCUCGAUCCCAUUUGGGAGGCGUUGGAGAAGAAACUUUUGUUGUAAACGAAUAUUCUAUAUAUUAUAUAAGAUAAAACAAUUGAUUAUUUUAAAAGAAUUUCUAGCGCCAUUUUGUUAAUCUAAUCAGUUCAUAGAUGGCGCUAGUAGUUAAAUCGUUAAAUCAUGUUAUUUUUGCAUUUUUUUAUAUGACGAUACAAUUUUGUAUUGUAAUUUUUGCUUAAUAUUUGAAUAUUGACAAUAUAAUUAUAUUAAUGAACGACCAUAGAAGUAAUAUUAUGAAAAGUAUUUUAUAUGAUUAUAUCGUACGUUAAUUACUUUGUAUGGUACAAAGUUAUUAUAUUAUCAAUUUAUUAUUUUUUCGUUACUUAUAUAAAAAAGGAACAAUUUUAAAUCAAGACAAAAUUUUUGAAACUUCCAAGUAUUUGUAUUUUCAUUCAAUAAAUAAACUCUAUUCCAUCAAACUUUGGCGGACGUUUCAAUAAAUGAAAUCACGUAAAUACGAAUGCUAUAUUUUGGCGUUCAAUCGUAAAUAAUUGGCCACUAAAAUGUUUAUGAAAUUCGUAAUCAAGCAUAAAAUUAAAUUUUUAAAACAAACUUCAAGACGUUAUUAAAAAAUGUUUGUAAAUCGAAUUAAAAAUAAUUCGUUAAUAUUUCAUUAACAAGAUUUUUAAAUUUCGAUAAAAGAUUUUUUAUUAUCAUUACAAAAGUAUUUCUGUCCGCAUGACAUAGAUCAUUCAAGAACAAUAUAUUUAAAAGAAAAUCGUAUUAUGAUGAAUAUUGAAUUUAUUGAAACGUAUGAAAAUAAUGUAAUAAACUUUUUAUUAAAGCCAUUAAAGAAAUCGGUUUUACAUAUUUGCGAUUAUAUAU